AUGACUGAAAAAGAUUAUUUUGGAAAACUAAUUAGUGUUAUUGAAACAAUUUCGAGUGAUUUUAAUUCAGAAAAAUUUUAUAAUUAUUUGAAUAAUUAUGAUGGUUUAAAUGAAUACUAUAAAUAUUGUACUUCCUUAGAUCCUCUAUCCAGUACAAUUAAAUACAAAAACCUUAGAAUACUAUGUGCACAGCUUGUAAAAUAUUUAAAAACUACAUAUAUUCUAUUUAACAAAGAAGAACUUAAAUAUAAUCCUUGUAUCCUUUUGAAUUAUUGGUUAUACAGUAGAUUAGUGAAUAUUCUUCGUACUGAAGAUAGUUCUGUUAUUGCCCUUACUUUGGGUAAACUCGAACUAAUAUGGAAUGAUAUUGUUGGACACGCAUCAUAUAAAUCUUCUUAUAAUAAGUGCGUGCCUGACAACAGUAUUGUUACUCAGAGUGACUGGAGAAAAAGAAAGAGAUUGUAUGAUUAUUGUGUUAAUUAUGAUUCAAUUAAAAAAAUUAUCCCAAAUUUUGGAAAAUCGUGCCCAGAAUAUUGGUCCUACGUUGAAAGUCACACUUCAUUAUAUAAAUAUUUUGAUACACACUGUCCUAAGUCUAAUUAUCAAUGCCCAGAAUUCUAUAAAGAAUGCAAGCAAUAUGAUCCAAGAGAUGUGUUAGAGUCUUUUGAUUGUCAUGCAAAGAUGAAGCAAAAGAAAGAUGAAGAAGCUGCUGCAAAUGCUAGACCAGCAUUACCGGCAAGUAUAUCUGCAGAUCAAGAACAAGAUUCUCGAAUCCCAGGCGGUUUACAGAGUCCACAUAACGGUACUCACCCAACUAAAAAAACUGGUGACAUACUUUUGGGAGUAGUUGCGACUUCCCUAACUUCUGGAGCUUUAUAUAGGUUUACACCCUUAGGAAGAAUUAUACGCAAUAGAUUUGGAAGGAACAAUAAUAGUAUGGGAAAUAUACAUGGAGGCGAAUAUGGAUUAUUUGAUUAUGCAUCAGAAUCAUAUAAUCCAUUUACAGGGGGAGGUGAAGAACAUUAUAUUGGGUACCAACCUGCGUAAUAAUAUUAGUACAAAACAGUUAAGUAUAUCAAAUUAAUAUGAACACGUGUAAUUCUGUACCAGAAAAUUUUAUGUAAAAACAAUUAUUCUGAUCCAUAGAAAGCAUACAUAAAACAUACAUAUGCAUUAAUGAGUAUAAACCAAAAAUAUUUAUAUAAAAUAUAUAUUAAAAAAUUGGACAAAUAAAUAAUUAUUAAGAUAAAUAAAUUGAUUGUAAAUAUGAAAAGUUUAUUUUUACCACUUAAUUGUGCAUUUCUAUUUUUUCCCAUGAAAUGCUUUAUAACUAAAAUUUAGAUAACCAUGUACAAUAUUAUUUAUUUAUUAUU